CGCAGCCGCUCGCAGCCCUGUGUCCUCAAUGACAAGAAGGUGGGCGUCAAGCGGCGCCGACCCCAGGAUGCACAGGAGCCGCGGCCCUCGCUGGACCUAGCCAAGAUGACACAGAACCGCCAGACUUUCAACAGCCUUAGCAGCCUUAGCAACGCAGCAGAGGACAACACCCAGCGGCUCCCCACCACCCAACCAUGGACCACAGCCCCCCACUCCCCGGAGGUGAUGCCGGGCAGGACCCCCGCCUGCACCCCAGUGCCAGAGCCACGCACACGGGGCGAGGAGCAUGGGGCGAGCCGGGACGACCUGUCCUGUGAGGAGUCCGAUGAGGGUGGUGGGAAGGAGGAGGAUGGGACCCCGUGGCAGGGCGGUGGGGCGGGCACCCAGAGCCCCUUCCAGCUGGAUGGAGAAAUAGACAUCGAGCAGAUCGAAAACAACUGAGAACACGGGGCUCAGCGUGCUGGGGUCUGGGGCUCGCGGUGGGGAAGGGUCCCCUGGGGGUCAACGUGGGUUGUGCCGUGCUGCCUGCGUCCCCCUGCCAGCUGGAGGGGAUGAAGCAGCUUUGCCAAAAUUUCAUCAGGUAUUUAGAGCAAUUUUGUGUGUGUGUGCGUGUGUGUGUGUAAAUCUUGAAAUUCUUUGUAACUACUGUAGCCAGAUAUCAGCUAAUUUGGGAAAACCGCCUGUCAGAACUUGGAGACCAGAGGGAUGGGGAUCACCAAACAACUCUCAUCCGUCAGUGAGAAAACAACUUCUGCAAAUGUAGGACCGUGGCUGAUGGAUCCAGCCAUGGCUUCCAGUUCACACAUGUGCUUGUUUGGAAAGCAAAAGGAAAAAAAAACACCCCCGGGGAGGACUGGAAAAUUGGGGGAAGAAAUAGAAGGUCAGCUGAGAUUUGCCAACCGUGUAGUGGUGGGGCCGGGCUGGUGGUGGGGCAGCUGCGAUGCCCAGAGCCCACGCUGAUCCUUCAGCCCCUGGCGGUGCCAUCAGAUGGAAACCACAAUUUUUGCUGAAAUUUAUUGAUGGUAAGAGCUGGAUAUUUUUUUAUACAGAUUUUUAAUUUUCCUUUUCCCAAUGAGGAUCCAGCAGUGCUCGGCCCCUCGCCAACCAUCACACGGCUGCCACACUCUUUUUGCUCUGACUGUGAAGUGGAUCCCUGUCCAAUGCCAUAGGAUUACUUGACAAAAGUAAGCUGUCAAAAUGCUGAAAAUUCAGGUAGCAGCACUGAAAGCUUUUCCUCUCGCUGUGCCUUGCUAAAGCACAGAUAAAGCGGUGACCAUUAUGUUUGUACGAGAUACACUCCUCCAUGAAAUAAGCUGUCUGCUUGCUAACUGGUUUAGAAGGACACAUCCUUAUUUUUUUUUCCCCUUUCUUUUGUUUAAAUCUCUUGGAAAGCUGUACGUGCGGCUUCCAGCAUCUUCUGCAGGUUCCUUGGGGUUAUUUCCCAAGUUCUGCAAAAGCACAAAGGGAAAAUGAAGUGAUAGAUCCCAAUGGAUCCCAAUCCCUUCAGUAGGGGUCCAACAUCCCAUUGGGAGUCUGCAAGCCAGAAGAGGCUGAGAGCGGCCAACGCAGGUUUACCGAUCCCUGCUGUUACGUUACUGCACUUUUCCUGUGGGGUUUUGGGUGUUCCCCCAUCCCAUCCACUCAUAGCUUUACGUCUGCUCGUGGCCACGGUCAUCUCAGCUCCCUGCAGAGCGGUGCCGGGGCCUUCUCUCCUGUUGGGGAAUCCUCCAUCUCUCUUCAAGUGUCUCUCAGUGUGUUGUUGAAAACAACCCACCCUGGCUGCACACCCCUCGUGGGAGGCCCAUAGCCCAGAGCUGGGUAUGGCUCUAUGAGUCAAGGGCCUUUGGGACGUGCCGUCUGCCGGCCCGUAUCCCCAGGAGCAACGCAACCAUAUUUUGGCUUUGAGUCUUCCUGAUGUCCCAAACCCCCAUAACAGCCCCGGGCUCCCGCAGAGCUCAGGGCACGCUUGCCUAUGCACACGUGGGGCUGUAACAAGGGCUCUUUUCUCCCUCCAAGGGCUGCUACCUAGGACAUGCUCACCCCAUGCAGUAGGACGGUGACCGAACGGCCACCAACUGUACCUGACACAGACGUAGCAUACAGUUUACAUACAGCACAACCCGUUUGCCUUACUAAAGAUGCUUCUCCAAUGAGUAAUGGCCUUAUACCGGGCACAUUAGCUUAGACACAGACUGCAGUGACGGUUUGUAGGCCACAGUGGUGUUCUGUUGGGUGUUUCUCUGUUGGUUUCGUAUGAUUUCAUGUACUUGUUUUCAGUUCGAGAAAGCCUUAACUUAAAAAAAAAAAAGAAAAGAAAAAAAAAAUCUCUCUCUCUGUAGAGGUAAAACAGUUGUGGAUUUAUAUAUAUAUAAAUAUAUAUAUAAAUAAAAAUUAAAAUAUUAAAUAUAAUAUAGUAUGUGCCUCAGCUCCAGGGGACAUCCUGUUGAUUGUAGUUAGAUGCGGUGCGAGUUCCGUGAGAUCCAUUGCAGCCCAGGGGCUCCCAGGGGUCCGCUGGUUGUUAGAGGACCUCACGGGGGACCCCUGCAGCAAAGCCCUGCCAGAACGUGGUACUGCAGUGCAGGUGGAGGCCUUUGCUUGCAGCUCGCAGGCUCGUGGUUGUGAAGAUGCCCAUGGCUUGUUGAAGGCUUGACCCAAUCCGACAGCUUCAGGAUGACAGCAGGCCAUGGCAUCAGCAAUAAGAUUGCAGCAUUAAGGAAAGAAAGGGUUUGGAUAGAGAAACGCUUAGCACCGGUAACACACGCACGUGUUUCGAGCCUGUUCUAAGGAAGAUUACAUCUUGGACAAAAAGAUGGGAAGAAGUGUUUGUAACAUAGAUUGUAAUUUUUCACGUUAUAGCAUAGCCUCCUUGGCCAAUACAGUUGUGUUUUCAGUGCUUUGUUUCAAAGCUCCUGGCUGAACAGGAUAACAGACUGAUGUAGGAUAUUCUAGGAUUGUAGCCGUGCUUUACGGAGUUUUAUGUUUUCGAUGUGGAAGAAAUCAAAAGAAGAGGAUGGCCAAAAAA